CAAUUUUCAUUCAUUCUUUCCUCUCCAGUUCAAGUCUUUUACUCAUUUUCUCAUCAUUGAGUCAGCAGCAUCAUGAGAUUUUAAAUAGACAGACAGUAAGAACAUUCUGAAGCUCUUUAAAAAUUCAACUUCAGUCUUAAUUUGGUUACGGUAUAGUGAACAGUCAAAUUUCUACUACUCUAGUUCCUUAAAUCUUUCUCAAUUCCUUUAAAAAAGAAGUUAAAGUUGUCACAGCAGGAAUAUAAAGAGAUUUAAGGUUUAAACAAUAGGAAAUAGGAAGAGCGACAUGUCUGAGAAGUAAAUGAUGGAAUUAAACGCAUGAAGCAGCAUUCGUACAUUGUCGGAAGUGAUGUGAAUGUUAAUUUUUACAAAAAAAGUUCAGAAAUGGAAAAAUAUGAAGUUGAUGGGAACUGCUUAAUUAUCUUUGGCAAUUGUCAUGAUAUAAAUAGCAACAGCAGUAGUAAUAAUGGAACUGACAAUAAUUAUGAUCCGUUCGGAAAUGAAAUGGAAAUGACAACAAAGCAGAGAAAUCAAGCUAAUGCACGGGAACGCUUCAGGACUCACAGGUUCAUUGAAUCAUUUUCUUCCUUAACCACAAAAAAACUCAAUCAAGAACUGAAAAAUUUCUCUCAUCACAGUGUCAAUUCCGCAUUCAACACAUUGAGGCUGUUGAUACCAACUGAACCGAAAAAUAGAAAAUUGUCGAAAAUUGAGACGUUGAGGUUGGCAAAGUCUUACAUCUCGCAUCUUAAUGCUACAUUGGCCACGGGAAAUACUUCAUGUCGACAACCAUGCUUUGGAGCAUCAUCUUUACAUAAGCAGCAGAAGCAUCAGCAUCAGGAACAACAUGAUUAUCGUUCAAAUAUCUGUACAUUCUGUGUUUCCUCCGUCAUUCAUCAAAAGAGGAUUAAUUAAGGAUUAUUUGUGAGUUUAGGGAUGGAUUUUGAUUGAGGGCUAUUAGGAUAUGCCAGCCAUAAAAAAAACUUCCUCAAGUGCCAUAAAAAAGAUUUUUCAAUUAAAUUAAAAUGAUUUUCGUGUUUUU